AUGAAGCUUUCUACUAUUUUUUCAGUCGCUUUCCUCGGAUUGCUUGCACAAUCUGCUGUUUUACCUGAAGAUGCUCCUGAAGUUGAUAUUGUUGCCGAUGCUCAGCGUUCUGUUCUCCAAGCAAUGGGAGGGGAACUUGGUGGUGAUGAACUCAGCAAACGUAACUUUGGUAUUUCUUUUGAUUUAGGUUUCUCCAUCAACAUCCUUUCGCUCCAGAAUUCAAUGCGUUCCAGUCAUGGAUGCCCACUUUUAAAUUGGGACCAAAACUGUUAUACAGCUGCAAAACAAGUUGUAAGCAAAUAUGACUGUUCCAGUAAUUCCCAAACGUCAGGUAGUUCAUCUAGUGGCAAUUGGGGUACCGGUAGCAGCAAUCCUUUUUCUCCUAUUAUUGACUGUGGUAAUGUCGUCAAUUCUUGGUACAACAAAGGUAAGAAAUAUAACUACGGUGCUACAUGCCCUUUGAAUGCAUUCACAAACCUCAUUUGGAAAUCAACCAGCAAGGUUGGUUGUGCUUAUAAGGAUUGUCGUUCCCACGGUAAUGGAUACUAUUAUUAUUGCAACUAUUCUCCAUCUGUUUCUAAUCCAUCUAAUUCACAAAAAACAAGCAACGUUGCACCACCUAAAAGCCCAUGUACUGUAUGUGCCACAAGCCAUUAG